GCACCGAGGAGAGAGGAGCAUAAGUCCAAACACCUGACUCACGAAUACGCACGUGACAGUUUCAAGUCACGUUUUACCUUUACGAUUUAAUUAGGGCUUGUUUUUCACCUUCAGUGCAUUUUGAUUUUUAUAAUGCGUUUUAUCUAACUGCACGCCAUUGCAGCGCGCUAAACGGCAACUGGUGUCAACCUGAAUGUUUCAGUGAGCAACAUGUCUUCUCGUUGGAUCUUUCUUGCAUCCUUUUUCUUUUCCAUUGAAGACAGAAAGUCACACCGCCAUGGGGUUGGAACGACAUGACAGAAGUAGCAGUUGAGAGGAAAAUCACUGACUCGUACCCUGGCAGCAGCUGAAGUUCAUCCAGUGGCCUUUCAUUUCAACUACACAACUAGAGGUUAAGACAUUAAGCCCUGUCUGGAUAUACCAUAUACUUGCCCGAGGAGCCUCUCUGGACCAGAUCUGAAACAAGCAAAUAAACUAUAUGUUUGCUCUUGAUGGCGGGUUAGAGAUCAUAUCACUUGGCUUAAGCCACCCAGAGAGAUUUGAUCAGUAGUACAGGGAUAAAGAAUGAAAACUACAGAAUCCAUCUGUUUAAAAUGCAAACAUAUGGAGUGAGCACAAUAAAUCUCUGCUUGAACGUUUAGCAACUACAAUAGCUGCAGUCAGAACGUUUGGACGACCUUUCGGCUGAAUGUGUUUUUUCAUGUGCUAAUGAAACGACAGGAAAGCACCAAGCUCUGCCCUUCAUCUUGACAUUGUUGAAACGCUUUGAGAGCAAGGGCUACGCGUGCCUUUUAAAGAAACAGUCUGUCUCGGGGAGAUUGCGAUAAACUCGAGGGAUGUGUUUUGGUAACUCAAAAAGAAAGACAAAUAUCUGGAUAUAAGAUCGAAAACAAACGCAAAUAGAACAGAGGAUAGUCUUUGCCGUAUUUGCAAAAGAGCAUAUCCCACUUGUGAAAUUUUCUUGGCACUCUUCCAUGGGAACUGAUCCAGAGUGCAGGGAAGUACCUCCAGGGAGGUCUUGUUAAGAGUUUGAAUAAUAUUGUGUGGAUUGAAAGCAAAAGUACAUUUCUCAGCUCAUCUCUGGGCGGUAGCGCAUCUACCCCGAAGGAUUACCAUGAAGAAAACGUCCAGCAAAAUGUAGAGCUUUAGUUUGACUUUGAUCCUGCUUCUGAUUCUUAUUUCUUCACAAAUCGGGAAGCAUAAAACAAAACGGGGAUCCCAAACAUACGCCCCAGCUGAGAAAAAGAAAGCUUUUUAUCACACUCAAGCAAGCGUGCCGGCUAAAAGGGGGCUCAGCGAAGGAAAAGUCGAAGUGAAGCAGGCUGGGAUGGAGUGCAAACAUGAGCCUGCUAGAAGAGGGGACAGCUGGGGUGGACCUACCACUACAACAUCCUCCACCCUCAACAGGACUGGAGCAAACACGUCCCUGGAGAGACACAGUACUAACAUUUUGGAGAAAGAAGACCACUGUGGGGUCAAAGAGAAGCCAGGCUUGACAUCUUGCCAGAUGGAGCGGAAAACAAACCUCAGCAGAAGUGCCAGUUUGUCAGAGAAGGAACUGAAGGAGGCACGGACCAAGAGUCAGAUCAUUGCUGCUCAGCUACAGGCCAAUUCCAACUCUAAAGGCGUCCAACUUUUCAACCGGCGCAGACAGAGAGUGAACGCUUUCACACUCGUAAGCGUCGGAGGGGGAGGAGUGGAGAUAUCUAAGAAUGUAAUUGAUUCAUCUUUUGAAAGUCCACGGACAUGGGACAAACGGCUCUUGACUGAGGACCAGGACAAAGAGUUGAAUCACAGGAACCUCAAGACAGGUCUCACGUGGUCAGCUGACAGAAUCUGCAGCACUGGGAGUGACAUGGAAGAUGCUAGUGAGGUUACACGGGAGGAUGUAGCAGAAGAAUGCAGCCAAGAAAGACACUUUCUCCCAGUCAACGAGAAGGAUGAGGAGCUUUCAGAAGACCUUACAGAGCAUGUGAAGGAUGAGGUUACUCUUAGAAGUGACAGUAACCCUGGUGAAGAUGAAGCUGAAGCCAAUGGAGCACACAAUAAAGAAAUCCCAAAUGGAUACAGUGUACAGUGCAAUGGAAAAGCAGAUAAGACGGUGACUAAACAGCCCACCAUCAUAAAUAGAACAGCUCGCCCGUUUUUCUCCCCAACAACAGUAGGAUCCUCUGAAGCUACAAGUCCAGUCAUGGACAUCCCGGCAGCCCAUGACUCUACAACACACUCUGAACCUUCAACUUACCCAAUGCACCCAAGACCUGUUUUCUCUCCACCACCACCUCCACCUUCAUAUCCAACUCCUCCUCUCCCCAGCUACUCCAGCCCUCCUCCACCAAUCACAGGCCAUUCUCCCUCACCUAAGUCUUCUACUUACUACAUCCGCCCAUAUGCCCCCAGGCCUACAUUUGUCCCUGAACUCAUGAGUGAGAAGAGAUCUGUAUCUCCCAUCAAAACGGGCAUCCUCGAUGAGGGCCGGGCUCGCAGAGCAACCCGCAAGUCCAUGUUCACAUUUCAGGAGAAGCCAAAAGUGGCUCCGAAUCCCGAGCUCCUGUCCUUGGUGCAGUGUGCAGAUGAAAAGAAGAAAAAACCCCAGCCAGAUGCAGGGCAGGAGGAGGAGCUGCUGGCGCUAGGAGCCGAAGCCUCAAACUUCCUGGCCAAGGAAGAGGACGUUCAUGAGGAAGCUGCGGUGCCAGAGUGGGCCUCGAGUUUGAAAAGCUCCAGAACGCGUGCUAGGAUAGAGCACAAGCCUGAGCAGACCCUGACCAAUGCUUCAGGAAAAGGAGCCGAACUGUUUGCUAAACGCCAGUCGAGGAUGGAAAGGUAUGUCCAUGACAGCAAGGACCUGAGAUCUCCCUCUCCUACCAUGUCCUUGCCUCCUUCGUGGGUAUAUCCAUCCAACAUGCCCGGUCGAGUGAAGGCUAUAGUAAACUCCUCCAAUAUAAGUGCACAAAUAUCAAAGACACUUCAAACUCAGCAGGCCAUUCAGAAAAAGACUGUCCCUGCCAAAGAGCCAGUGCCUACUCCAGCUCCACCUCCAGAGAUACCCUUGGAGAACGGCUGCACUAAAAUCGAGAUGGAGCUGUCCAAACAUCAGCCAUACCAGCUCAACUCUUCCCUCUUUAUCUUCAACCCAACAAAAGAUCCCUACAGCACUCUUCCCAGAGCCGCCCCAUCUACUAAACCCGUUGUGACAGCUCACUCCUACUCCAGACAAUCAUCCCUUCCAACAAGCCCAUUGCCAUCGCCGUACAGCCAAUCUGCCGCCUAUCGGUCAGCCCAUUGCUUUUCGCCUCCUGUGACGCCCAUCGCAGCAGGCAGUGUCAGUUCCCCAGUGUUGUCUUUAGCUCCAGAACGUGUGGCUUCACCUCGCUCUGGCAUCCAAGCACCACGUCCCACGUUCUCCACCAGAAAAGCUGGCAUCAACCCACAGAUUAAGGAGGAGACCCCGGCACCAAUCAAUAGCCUCGGCUCCACCACCCCAACCUCCAGGACGCCCAACCUCACUAGACGCUACACCAGCCCUGAGGUGCUUUCCAGCGCCGUCUGGUCCCCCAGCAGCCCUCUACUGACCUAUACAUCAUCCAGCCCGAUCUACAAGCCCACACCAAUCUCUCCCUCAACCCGACCCAUCCAUAAGCCCCUCACGACAUGCCCUUCUCCAAGCCCUAUACACAAGCCCAUUGCAACCACAGCAUCUCCAGGUACCAACUUCAAGCUGACCGCCACCUCUCCUGUGUCUCCACCCUGGGAAAACAGGUGCCAGUCUCCAGCCGUCAGCCAGGACACUAAAGCCAACCACCGCAUUUUGGCCAAAAACAUCAUCAAUGCCGCCAAGCGGAAAAACAGUCCAUCUCCCGGGGCGCUGGGCGGCCACAGUCUGCCCAUGUCCCCGGUGAGCGGCGGGAUCAUGCCUUACGAACACAAGCCUGUCAGUCCAUUUCAGCCACGGAUGCUGGGGGCUCAGUCGCCUACCCUUACCAGUCCCUCUCCCACCCGUAUGAUCCACUCUCCGGUGCGCUUAUACAACACCCGCUCUCUGACCGACUCGGACGCCUCGGUGGAGUCUGAGGAUUCGGGCCUGCGCUCUCCUGGAGUACGCAGCUAUAACACCUGCCCCCGUGGCUGGGCCGGUGGUCUGCAGGUGAAGAGGGGAGGCAUGUCUGAAGAUCUGUAGGAAGCACUUGAUGAUUUAUAAUUCAGCCUGUAGACCAAAGUGUCCCUUAAAUAUUGAAUGUAAAGCAUUGUGGAUUUUGCAGUACAUUGAAUACAGUAGAGUAUGUUGACUGUGUGAUGGAAUCUAUUGGAAUGUUUAAAAAUACAGUAUGGUUCAAAAGUUUGGGUCAGUAACAGUUUUUGAAAGGGAUUUUAUUCAGUAAAGAUGCCAAAAAGUGACAAAAAGGCUUUUUAUUGGUUGUUUAGUUGAAUCUCUCAUCAUUUACUCACCCCACAUGUUUACUAAAAUCAGUAUGACUGGCAAAACAAAAUUAAGUAAUUGUUCACAUGCUGAAAUAUGACCUAUAUGUCACUAUAUUAUCUCUGUUGGAGCCUGACAGCAUCUGUUCCUAUUCAUUUUCAUUUUUUGUGUGUGUUCUAUGGAAGGAAGAAUGAUUUUAUCAAGGUCAUAUGAUUUUGCAACAACAUGAGGGUGAAUAAAUGAAGGCCAAAUUUUCAUUUCAAAGUAAACUCUUCCUGUAAAAUCACAUCUUGGUCUCAUCUAUGCAGCUGUCUGUAAUAUAAUGAAGAAGGCAUUACAUGGACUCAGAAAGUUGUACCAAAGAAGAUUUGCAUUACCAAAGAUAAAAAGUAACGUGCAAGACUUUUCAAAGCAGUAUUAGUUAUUAACCUAUUUUUUGUUUGUUUUUGAAAUCUAUAAAAGGGAUUGACCCUUUUGCUUUUUUGUACAGUAUGUUUUGACAAUGUGUUAGAGUAUUGGAAUGUGAAUAGGUCCGACUCAAGUCAAACUUGGAAGGAACUGAUUGCUUAUUACUGAUUGUGAGGUAAUUUACUUGUAAAGACAGAAUGACACAGCAUGGUUUCUAUGGUAUGAGAAAGAAUGGUAGGAAAUUCUCUACAUUAUGUAUACUAUAAAUGGAAGCUGCUGGUGAUCUGAAAUCCAAUAAGGUUUCCAUAUUAGUUUAGCGCUGACAUACAUGAUGGAAAUAAAAUGGUCUGAUGCACAACGAGAGAGGUCAAAAAAUAAAGCAUUAGGAAGUUUGUACAGUGUGACUUCACAUGAAAUGUAGGAAUGAUUGAAUUUCAGUGUUCAUUAAUGCACCUUGCUUAGAUCGCUAUUAUUAUAUUUCAGUUUCUCAAGAGGGCAAAAACAGGAGAAGAGAGGAUUCUUACUGAGGUUAUAUAUAUAUAUAUAUAUAUAUAUAAGUUAAUCUUCACAUAAAAGGGAUCGAGUAGUUAUGGGCUUAGAGUGCUAUGUUGGUACAGUACAGUGAGGUAAUUGCUUUUUUAUAUGCAUUUGACACAAAUAAACAUACUUCAUGGGGCACUUGUAAGGUUUAUCAUAUACGUAAACAUCACCUCUGGCACUGUCAGACUGUCUGCAGCACGCAUUUACACCUGACUGGUAUACUCCUGACAGUACACACUGUAUACUGUGUGGUAAACAGUAACUCACACUACUUAAUACCGUAUGUUUGAAAUUACAUAUUGAAAUCUGUCUGAGCUGAUCACUAGCACCGAUUUAAGGAUUAAGUCUCAAGGGUCAUGCACUAUCAGUGUACUCGUGUUAACCUGCGCUCAAAUAUUGGAUCACCACACACGAGAAACUCAUUCUCUGUGUUCGUGCAUCAGCAGAUUUCGGAGCGUUUGCAUAUGGGGAACUUUGAUUGACAGGGACAUCCGCUGUAAAGUGACUCGGCACCUUUGGUGAGAAUAACGUUAUCACUUUCAAGGAUGCUUUACAAGCCCUGUGUGGUUUGGAUUAAGGGUGAUCUUAUGCAUGAUUCAUCUUACAUAUACAAAGUCUUUUUAGAUAUCAUGUCUGAAUAACCAGCCUCAAUAUUAUCUCUGUCUGUUUUCCUGUUCUGUUUUUAAAUUAAGUGAAUAAACACAAACAAAGUCA